ACGGGCUCUGACUUUGACGCUGUUUCUGGAGCGCAGAUUAUGGAGCGCAUUCCAGGCGCGCAGCCGCCUCUGUCCAAACUCCAGACGGAUCUGUCCGACAUGCAGAGCAUCGAUUUUCCAAUGUACGUUUAUAAACCGAGGCGCGGAAUGAAGAGAGGUGAAGAAACCAAGGACACCUACAAGCUGCCCCACAGACUCAUCGAGAAGAAAAGGCGUGACCGGAUAAACGAAUGCAUAGCCCAGCUGAAAGAUUUAUUACCUGAACACCUGAAACUCACUACUCUGGGCCAUCUGGAGAAGGCUGUGGUCUUAGAGCUUACGCUGAAGCAUGUGAAAACCCUCACCUCUCUUCUGGAGCAGCAGCAGCAGAAGAUCCUCGCUCUGCAAAGCGGCAUGCAGAUCGAGCAACCUCCUGUCAACCAAGAGAAGUCAGAGGAGAUGUUUCGUUCUGGCUUUCACAUGUGUGCCAAGGAGAUCCUUCACUAUCUGGCCGCUCACGAGUCAAGUGGAGAUUUUACACCCUCCCAUGUAAUCAGUCACCUUCACAAAGUGGCUGCAGAGGUGCUGCAGGGUCCAGUCCGACCUCGCACUCCUCUCAGCCCCAGGCCCUCGGAGGCCCCUGCCUACCAUCCACACGAUCUUCACAAGGAGAAACCUGACAACUUACCACCUAAGCCCAGCGAGGGCUACGGGAAGAACUGUGUUCCAGUCAUCCAGAGGGCGUAUGCUCCGCCAAGCGGGGAGCAGAGCGGCAGCGAUACAGAUACAGACAGUGGCUACGGGGGUGAGCUGGAGAAACCGGAAUCCAGGGUGCAGCAGGGACAUCAAGAGUAUUACGGUCAGGAGAACCAGCAGAAGCGGUCUCAUGCGGAUCGGCAGAACUCCAGCAUCAAGCAGGAGGACGAUGAGCCAUGCCACAAGCAGCCGCGCAUCGAGUCGUCUGAGGACGAGCUGCUCUCGGGCGGCGAGUCCUCCACCUCGUCAUCAUCGAGCGGUUACAGUAGCUACAUGAGUGUUUCGCCCAACCAUCCACCUCCCCCACCGCACCCUCUGUGCAUGCCGUUCUACCUCAUUCCACCCUCUGCUGCAGCCUACCUGCCCAUGCUGGAGAAGUGCUGGUACCCCGGAGCCGUGCCUAUGCUCUACCCAGGCAUGGGGGGCUCUUCACCCACCAUGCCCAGCGAGAGACCGUCUCCACCUCAGCUAGUGUUAUCCCCCAGGGGCGGAUCUCCAGCCCCAGCCAUAUCUCAGACCCCCAUGGAUUCCCCUGCUCUCCUUCAAGCACUAAAGCAGGUACCCCCCCUAAACCUGGAAACCAAAGAAUGAGACGGAGGAGAGGCAAUCCCUACCAUUAGCCAGAGGCA